GUUUUUGUAAUUUUAUCUUUAUUUCGACUUUUUGUGCCAAUAUAACAAUGCUUACAUUCUUUUGUAACAUGACAAAAUCCCUUGAUGACGAUGGAUUCUAUGAAAUGUAAGCGCACAUGGAAAAGCCGAAAAGAGGAGGCCAGCUUGUCUACAACUCGACCUUCACAAAUUCCAAAUUUACCCUCAAAUCUCACGUAUAUAUACACAUAUAUACACACAGAGAGACAAGAACACGAUCUCCAAGUAAACAAAGAUGGAGUCUUUCAGGUGCUGCAGAAGAAGCUGUCUUUUUGUUAUUAUAAUUAGGGCAACGCUCGUGUUCUGUCUCUGUUCUUGGGCUCAGAUGGUUUCUGCGCACAGUCGAAAGUACACCACUCCGAAUGUGAAGCGACUCACAGAUUACUUCAGCAGGAUCUCCAUCGACGAAGGCUUCUCCCAACGUUUCGGAACUCAAAAUAUUCAGAUCAACGGCACCGCCGCAAAACUCACUCUGGACAAAACUUCUGGUGCUGGAUUGGUGUCAAAGAGCAAUUACCACUAUGGUUUCUUCAGUGCAAAGCUUAAGCUUCCUGCCGGCUUUGCAUCCGGAGUUGUCGUUGCCUUCUAUCUAUCGAACGCAGAGAAGUAUCCGAAGAACCACGACGAGAUUGACAUAGAGAUAUUGGGAAGAAGCAGAAGAGACGAUUGGGUGGUUCAGACGAACGUGUAUGCGAAUGGGAGUUUGAGCACCGGCAGGGAAGAGAAGUUCUACUUCUGGUUCGACCCAACUCAAGAUUUUCAUUAUUACUCCGUUAUUUGGAACACCCACCACAUCUUAUUCUUGAUAGACAAUAUACCGGUUAGGGAAUUUCCAAACCGGGGAGCCUUCACGAAAGCGUACCCGUCUAAACCAAUGUCACUAUACGUCACCGUUUGGGACGGUUCAGAGUGGGCCACUCACGGCGGUAAGUAUCCCGUUAACUACAAGUACGGCCCCUUUGUUGCCUCAAUCGCUGACGUGGAGCUUAACGGCUGCUCCGUUGACGGUACCGGGUCGUGUACCAAGUCGGGCGGGUCUGUUUCGGGUCUGGAUCCUGUGGACGGUCAAGAUUUCGCAACGUUGUCAAAGGAACAAAUCACAGCAAUGGAUUGGGCUCGUAGGAAAUUGAUGUUUUAUUCUUAUUGCAGUGACAAGCCUAGGUACAAAGUCAUGCCCUCGGAAUGCAGAUGAAUUUUCAAAAAAUAAUUUAUUUAUUAAGAAAAAUACUGCCGUUGAAUGUGUUAUUAACAUAUUUAUGACUGUUUUAUUAGGAUGUGUAUCAACGGUCCAUGUAAUUGCACCUCAUUGGUUAUAAUUUUUUUUUCACUA